AUGCCAUCCAAUACCAAAUCUCCACAACUACUGCUCGCCUACACACUCGGCAUCCUCUUCAUCCUCGUACCAAAAGCGACCGCAUAUCUACAUGUUCCUGCCACUCCCUCUUUACUCUCUCACCUCCUCAUCUCCAUCUUGUUUAUCAGCACCUCUGUAUAUCUGUUCAUCGAUGCUUGCUACACUUUUUCCUGGCUUGGCUAUCUGUUUCUGCGCUGGCUACUUCGAGUGUCUAUUACCUUCGACCUCGAUGAAAAGACUCACCAGUGGCAACUACCUGGAUCUGACUAUACCAGAUUCUGGUUCAAAGUAUUUGCUAGUAUGGUCAUGAGCUGUAUCAUCCUCUACAGACUCUCAUUCGCCAAGCUCAAGGCGGAAGGAGACGGCAAUGUCUGGAUACAAGCAAAACGAAAGCUCGAACAACAACGCACGGCUGCACCAGGAGCAAAAGAGAAAAAAGCCGAAGGAGAUCUGACUGAUGUUGGAUCUGCAUGGCUAUGGGCAUACUGUGCAUUUGCGUACACCAACGCUCUGUUCGACUCCAAAGAAUGGCUUGAGAGUGUAUUCACAGCAAGCGUGCAGAAAGAAAGAACAUGGACGUGGGAUCUAUGUUGUCUAUGGGGUCCGAUGUUGAUAUCUGGUGUAGUGGGUCUUGCUAGAUGGAAAUGGCCUGGCACAACAAGGAAGGGCAAGGCACAGUUGAGGGGGAAAGCCGUUGAUGGGAAGGAGGCACCUGAAAAACAGCAGGUCUAG